AGGCUGGCGAACGAGACCCAGGAGAUGGAUCGCCGGCUCUCCUUGAUGCAGCCACCCUUGCUGUCGUCACUUCCAAAGGAGUCGGAGGAUGAGAUUAAUAUUUUCAGGAUGUACAUGUACCCCGGCGAGAGCAUGGCGGAGAGCAGCGAGCGAUUGCAGUACUUCCGGACCCGGAACUGGCUGGAUGAGGACUCUCAGGUGCUCGCGCUACGUCUGUACAUGCUGAACUCUGAACUGGGGCAGCCGAACCUCGAGCAGGUGACGCUGAAGUUCUUCUUCAGCGACGGCGGGAGCGUGUUCUACACCCGGGACUUCCAGGCGAUCUUCUUCGACGUCUUCCCCAACUCUUUGAGCAUGGUGGUGGACGGCUUCUUCUUCCUGAUCCUGUGCUUCACAGGUGUCCUGCAGGUGAUCGUCAUGUGGCGGAUGCUUCGGGACAGAAAGGUGGUCACCUACAUCGCGGACAUCAGGACACUGCUGGAGUUGGUGGUGAUUGCCGGAGGAAUCUUCUUUUGCUACCAGUUCUACGCGGUGUACCGCACCAAGGGCCUGAUGACGGACAUCAUGACGGACAUCAGGGGCUACGGGUGGAACAUCCGGGACGCCAACCAAGCUGUGAUCGAGAAGCUCUUUGACACAGGCGCCAACGCGGCGGACGACAUCUUGAGCCUGCGGCUGCUGGCGGCGAACUACACGCUGAUCCUCACGUUCCGGUUCUUCGUGAACUUCCAGGCUCAGCCGCAGCUGGCGAUCAUCAUCAAGACCCUGGGCUCCCUGAUGGUGGAGAUCAUCCACUUCAUCGUGGUUUUCAUUCCAACCAUCUUGAUCUACGUGACCAGCGCCACCCUGCUCUUCGGCAGGCGCAUUGAGGAUGUCUCUACCUUCUGGGGCUCCCUAGGAUACAUCUUCCGCAUGGCGCAAGAGGGGGAGUACGACUGGGACGGCCUGCAGGCUGAGAACUAUUGGUCCUCCGCCCUCUGGAUUUGGUCCUUCGUGGUGUUCGUGAACAUGCUGCUGAUCAACUUGUUGAUCGCCAUCAUCCUGGACACCUACAAGGAGGUCCAAAAAGCGCAGGUCUCCAGGGAAGCUGUUUGGAACACCCUGGGGCAGUUCUGGCAUCGCUUGGUGUACCUGAGGAGAUGGGUCAGCGAGCUGGAGAUCGCGAACAAGUGCUCGGAGAAGUAUCACCCAGACCUCCUUGAGAAGGAAACCUUGAAGGAGUUCUUCCCAAACAUGCCGCAGUGCCAAGUGGACCUCGUCUUCAGCGACAGUGCUGACCAGAUGAAGAUCCAGUCCAACAAGGACAUCCAUACGCAGAACUUGCUGAAAAUGGCGGGCUCUCUGAUGGAUUCCGUGAGCGCCGUGAACCGCGCGCUGCACACGGUGAACACCGAGGAGUCCCAGGAUUCCUUGCAGAGCUGGAUGGUGGGCAAGAAGGUGCCAAGUGCUUUGAGCGCCUCCAAAGUCGCGACUCAGGGGGGCACGGUGCCACUGGUGCAUAAGGGCAGCCAGCCGCCCAGGCUGGUCGACCCCUUCAAGGUUGACGAGGAAGAGGGGGAGGAGGUGCCGGAGGGGGAGAAGUUGGAGAACAACGUGGAGACGGAAGUCAACGAGCUGAAUGCGGAGACCAAGGUGGAGACAGAGGAGAUCUCGGAGGAGGAGUGGAGGCCCUUGUGGCAGCGGGAGUUGGAUGGCAUGCUAAAGGCGCAGCGGGGCUGGCUGCUGAACGCGGGCUGGCACUUGGAGCAGCUCAAUGCGGUGCUGCGGCAGAGGGCCAAGCAGCUGGGUGCAUCGGCACGGUGAGAGGCUCGCGGAUCGCCUCGCUUGAGCGAAGAACUGCAGCGCCAGCGCGUGCAUCGUCCCUCGCCUUUCGCAGAAACCCAAGGGCUG